GUUUAAGAGUAGAUUUAAAAUGUUUAGGCGUUUAUUUUCCUUCCUUCUUGGACUAACUUUCGUUGGUGUUGGUAUUGUUACUGUAUCUCCAGUACUUUCACCGGAAGCACAUCAAAAAGUGAAAGAAAUGUUCACCGAAGUAUAUCCCGUCAGCCCGUUCGUAGAAUAUAAACUUGUUGACAUCGAGACAGAUUUGGCUUGUUUUGUGUUUGGGGUUACUUGGAUAGUAUGUGGAGCAUUGAUUCUAAUUGCUCCGUAUGUGCUAGUUAGACUCGCUUACCUUGUGAUGACCAUCGUGCUUGGAAUAGAUUUGUACUGUCACAUAAAACUGGAUCAUGGAGCCAAAAAGCUCUUUCCAGUGACAUCACUUUUUUCACUGACCUUGUUUCAGUUGCUCGAUGGCGGUGGAUAUUACGUGAAACAAAAGUACGAAUAAAUCAAUUUUAAUUUUCUGUAGGAUUUUAUUUGCCCGUAUUUUGUUAUAGGAAUAUUUUUAAGCAUUUGAAAUUUUUUAUCAUUUUUCUUUAUGUAUUAUGACAUUUGAAGAAUAUUUGUAGUUUUUUCACAUUUUUACUGGUUGUCCACUAUAAUAAGGAAAAAUAAUUAGUGCGCUGAAAGCUAAUGAAAAAUAAAUAAUGAUGCUUUUCUUCUCA